AUGACUCGGCCAGAGAUCAUUCGCGCCGACACCAUUGACCUCCAAAACCACGACGCACCGUCAGCGCAGAGACACCACAGGCCACCCCUUGACGGAUCACUCGCUCCACAUCAGGCUGAGACAAUCCGAGAAGUAGCAGCAGAAGCCGCCGAGGAGAAUCUCCGGAGCCCCCUCGUCUCGCGGAACGGCGACCCCGUCGACUCUCAGCAGCAGACGCUAAACACCCACCCGACUGUUGGAGGGACCCAAAACGGCAGCGGGAACAUUAUGCCACUCGGCGCCCAGACAGAUGCCCUGGCAAUUGCCCAGAAUGGGGGCAUCUCGGGCCACGAGGCCGAUGACGGCGAUUUGGACGGUGAUACCGAGGUCGACAUGGACGACGACAUGGACAGGAUUUCAAGUUCGCCUUCUAUCGCCGAUGGUGGGUCAACCCUCUCACUCCCGAAUCUCUGUUCUAGCAGGCCGGGCCCGUCCUCCCACUUGGCAACGUGGCGUAGCCAAUUGGCUUCACCUAGCGUUAGCGACCCGAGGUCGUCGUCUCCAUACCUCGAGAGUCCUGACCACUUUCCAUUGAGGAGGACAUGGUUCGAAAGUGCACAGUCUCCUUCUGUUCCUAUUUCAAGUCGCCAUCAUCAUCAUCUUUUCGGUGAGUCCGAAGUAAAAGGUACAAUCAAAGGACACACGUCGACCGAGAUUUGCACUCCGCCGGGUAACGGCGACUAUGAGGACGACGGACUUGGUCUGGAUGAAAAACGCGGAGCUCGUGCGGGCAAUGGGAGGAAGGGACCGCACCUUACCGCCCGAGAAGAAUUGCCGGCGCCCCGACCACUCUCGUGUGAACACGAGGAAGAAGAGAGUGACGAAUUGAUUAUACCCUACGAGUCUGCUGACUACGAGGACGACGACGGUGAUGAUGAUGAUGGCGACUCUGCUGGAGUGUUCGAUUCAAGAUUUAUUGACUCUGGAUGGGGAGGUGAGUGCUUACAAAAUACAGAGGACAUCGAUUUCGAGUUCGUCUACGCUCUGCAUACAUUUGUCGCGACCGUUGAAGGCCAGGCCAAUGCGACAAAAGGAGAUACCAUGGUUCUCCUAGAUGAUAGCAACAGCUACUGGUGGCUCGUGCGGGUUGUCAAAGACAGCAGCAUUGGCUACCUGCCAGCGGAGCAUAUCGAGACACCAACGGAAAGAUUGGCUCGAUUGAACAAGCACCGAAACGUCGACCUUUCUGCGUCCAUGCUUACAGAUCAAACUGAAAAGGGCAAACCAAAAAGAUCUGCUAUGAAAAGGAGAAAGGCUAAGACUGUUCAAUUCGCGGCCCCCACAUACGUCGACUACUCUGACGUGGACUAUUCAACGGAUGGAGAAGAUGCAGAGGCCGACAAUUCAAUACGGCAGCAACAGGAACAACAACAACGACAGCAGCAGCAGCAGCAGCAGUCCCAGGAAUCGGCAAACAACAUUGAGACUGAAGACGAAUCAGCCAAAGUCGAACCGCUAAAGCCCCGGUCACAAGCCAAAAUCGAAGCGAAGGAUCAAGAAGAUGGCGGCGACACUGAGUCUCUGGUGACCAGCAAGGCUGCGUCGCGGAUCUCUGAGGAGACGACAGAAGUGAAAUCAUCAGACGGACCCAAGAAGAGAAGCGACGGCAUUGUUCGAGACUCGUUCUUCAAGGACGAUACGGUUGAAACCAAGAAGAUCACCCUGACUCCAAACUUGCUGCGCGACGACGACGGAUCACGUACCUCGAGCGAUUCCAGGGAUGUGAAACAACGUCCAAGCUUGGAUAGACUUGAUAAAGACAAUGCGCUCGGGAAGGAUGAUAAGAAAAAGAAGAAGGAUAAGGAUAAGGAUAAGGAUAAAAAGACAGGCGGGAUUCGGGGCUUCUUCUCUCGAAAGGACAAGAAGGUGAAAGGAGAUGAGGAUGACGAUUCUUUGGGCAAGCGGUCAAUGGAUGCGGAUGCGCCGGAGAAAGAGAUAGAAGACGAGGAGGCACAGGCACCGUCCGAAAGGGCGGCCCCGCAAAGACACCCAAGCAAGUUGCAGAAGCAACAGCCACGGACCGAGCCGUCUCCGACCAGGAAGACCAACGGUGCCAAAGAGAGCGGUCUGGACAUCAAGGCGUUCCUGUCAGAAGGAAAGGUGAACAACGUGGCAAAUGUUCCUCCAGCUUCAAUGCGUCUGGUGGAAUCCAGUCCAAGGGCGGCGUCUCCCGAAGGAAGCUCCGGAGAACAGAGACUGAACCGAGAUGCUUCUCCCGGAGGGCCCAGGAGCACAUCGUUAAAGGCGCCAAGAGGGGAGGCCCGUCCUCAGAAGACCGUGCAGGCAAAGGCCCGCGUGGAGCUCGACGACUUCGACUCGGAUGAAGAUGUCGCAUCAGAACCAACCCGGCAGGCGCCUACCCGCGAGGAUGAACUGGGACGGCAGCAACGGUCUCUACCAGCAGGGGCCGAACAGAAACCCCAGCUAGCCGUGGCAGCCAUGCAGACAGAACAUGGUGGCCCCCCUGUUGCCACACCUGCUGCGCAGUUGGUGGAGGGGCUUUCGGAAUCGCCCGUUCAGGUAUCUCCAACUAACAGCGGCAACCCUCCGCCUUUGAUGGUGGAUAGCUCGAGCCAGGAGGAAGAGCGGACCUCUCCGAGGUCGACACCUUCACCCGAGCUGAUCGAGCACGAGGAUGCAAACACGCCCGGCCACAAGGACUCGAUGAGCUCGGCAACGACCGCGAGAUCUUCGUGGGACGACGCGAGUCUUCGGGCCUUUUUUGACUCAGGAUCCGAUGUCCGUGAUCUGCUAGUCCUUGUCUAUGACAAAAAUAACGUCGACAUGGACCCGUCGGACCACCCGGUUGCCAGUUCCUUGUUCAGGGAGCAGAAUGCGAAGCUUGCCGAGAUAACAACGCGGCUUGAUGAUAUGCUUGGCGACUGGCUGGCUCGCAAGCAAAGACUCAGGGGGGCUGUCUGA